AUGAUGAUCAUUAUAAUAUCUAUAUUAUUUGUUAUUAUAAUAAAAAAUUCAUAUUCAAAUCCAAUAAUAAAAACUUAUCCAGUAGUUGAUUUAUUAGAAAAUAUUCCAUUAAAUACAUUUGUUAUAGAACUAACAAAUUCAUCAAAUAAAUUAAUUUUAAUAAAUUUAAAUGAAUUUGAAACAAAAUUAUUUUCAAUUAUAAAUGGAAAUAUAUAUACAAAAGAUUUAAUUGAUCGUGAAGAAUUUAUUGAUAAAAAAUAUUGUUUAGAUAAAUUUUAUUGUAAAAUUGAAUUACAAAUACUUGUUGAUGAUGGUUUAGCUUAUUGGAUUAUUCCAAUACAUAUUAUUGAUGAAAAUGAUAAUAAACCAGAAUUUGCUAAAAAUGAAAUUGAAUUAAAAUUUGUUGAAAAUGUAUCAAAUGGAUAUAAAAUAUAUUUUGAAGGUGCAAAAGAUAUUGAUGAAGGUAAAAAUAGUGAAAUUCGUUAUAUACUUGAUUGUUCAAAUACUUUAAAUAAUAAUAAUAAUAAUGAAAUAUUAUAUUUAAAUCAAUCAUCAAUAAAUUGUUAUCCAUUAUUUGAAUUAAUUUUAAUAUCAAAAUCAUCAUUAAUAUCAUUAUCAAAUAAUUUUGAUAAAUUAGCAUUAAAAUUUAAUCCAUCAUUAUCAAAAAUAAAUAUUGAAAAUGAAUAUAAAUUUAUAAUUUAUGCUAUUGAUAAUAAUCAAUAUGAAAAACAAUUAAUAAAUUCAAUGAAUUUAUUUAUUAAAAUAGAAGAAAAAGAUAAAAAUUUUAUAAAAUUUCUUUUAUCUGAAUAUGAAUUUAUUGUUUUAUUAAAUGAAACAUUAAAUAAAAAUGAAAAUUUUAUAGGUAAAAUUCAUGCUAUAUCAAAUAAUCCAUCAGAUUUAAUUUAUUAUAAAAUUUUAUCAAAUAAUAAUAAAACAAAUCUAAUUAAAAUAAAUUCAUUAACUGGUCAAUUAAAUUUAAUAAAUGAAAAUAAUAUAAAAUAUAUAAAUAAUGAUAUUGAAUUUAUUGUUGAAGCUUAUUUAUUAUUAAAAGAUAAAAAUUUUAAAAAACUUAAAACUCAAAUAAAAGUUAAAAUUUAUUUUCGUUAUUUACAUUUAUUAAAAAAUAUUUCAUUUGAAUUUGAAAAUAUUUUAUUAAAUAAUCAAAAUUAUAUUUAUCAAUUAAAUAAUAAUUCAAAUUGUUUUUUUAUUAAUAAAAAUAUUAAAAUAAAUGAAAAAUUAUUAAAAAUUUCUCUUAUUUCAUAUUAUUAUCCAAAUGAUAAAUUUAUAUUUUCACUUGAAAAUUAUUUUAAUACAUUUUCACUUAUUCCUUUUUCUUCUUCUUUAAUAAAUACUUAUAUUAUUAAAUUAAAUCAACAACUUAUAUCAAAUUAUACUUAUUUAUUAAAUAUUCAAAUUAAACAUAAAUUAUCUCAACAAUAUUUACCUAAUUUACUUGUUCAAUUCAUUAUUUUUGAUCAAUUAACAACAACAACAACAACAACAACAACAAUAAAUAAUAUAACUUUUAUUAAUGAUAUUCAAAUAACAACUGAUUUAAUAACAUCAACUUCAAUUUCUCAUCAAUUUAUUGAUAAAUCAUUAGAAUUUUGUUUAGAAAAUAAAACUUAUAUUCUUAAUGAUAUUAUAAAUGAAAAUAAUGAAAUUGCUUUUUUAAAAGUACUUCAAUCCAAUUUCUAUAUAGAUAAUAAUAAUAAUUUAACUAUUAUUUUAACAAAUUUUUUAAAUAAUAAUCAAAGUGAAAUAAUAAUAAAUGAAUGUCGAAUGUCUAUUAAUAAAUUAAAUAAUCAAUUUAAUAAAUCUUUACAAUAUCAAUUAUGUUCAUUUAUUGACAAUAAUAAUAAACAAUGUUUUAAUUUAACAUUUAUUAUUGAUGAAAUAAAUUCAAUAUUAUUUUCAAUUGAUAAUCAUAUUGAAAAAUGGAUUUUACCAAUAAAACCAAUUGAAAAAAUAAUGUUUUUUAUUUCAAUUAUAUUUCUUAUUGGAACAAUUAUUCUUAUUUUACUUAUUUGUCGAUUAAAAGAUUUUCAUAUUUGUUCAAAAAUCAAAAAUUAUUUUUUCUAUGGAAAAAAAUAUGGUGUAAACAAUUCUCAAAAUUUAUCCUUUUCUUUUUCUUCACCAUCACAUCCACCACUACCAUCAUCAUUAUCAUUAGUAGCAACAAAAAUUCCACAAAGAGCUCAUUCAAUUAUCGAUCGAGAAUCUUGUUUAUCUUCAUUUCAACCAAUUCCAAUAAAAAAUGAUGAUAAUGAACCAUAUUUAUUUAAUAUUGAUCAUUUUCUUCAACGAGAACCACUUCCAAAAACAAAUACAUUCACUCUUCCACCAACUGAACAAAUAUCCUCCUCCUCCUCCUCCUCCUCCUCCUCAUCAUCAUCAUCAUCUUCAUCAUCAUCAUCUUCAUCUUCAUCAUCUUCACUUCAACAACAAGAAAAAAUAAUAUUAAAUGUUGAAAAUCGAUUAACAACACCUCGAAUAUCAUCCUCAUCAUCAUUUCUUCAAGAGACAAAACAAUUAUUAGAAAUGAUAUCAUCAAAUCAAAAUUUUGAUUUAUCAAGAUUAACUUCUGAAGUAUAA